AUAGCCUGACUGCUGUAAAAACUAAAAUUCUAGAAAGAAUGAGAGUUGUGGAGGAAGAGCUUCGUGGGUCUUCUAUCGAUUGCUGCCAGCAUAUCAGAUCUGUUUUCAUCCAAACCAUUUAUCACACUGAGUGAGAAGAAAUAUGCAAGAUUAUAAAACAUUGGAUUGGUGUUGAUUUGAUUCCUCGUCAAGGUGUUAUAAUGUAGCGUUAUAUUUUCAAUGUUAAAUAACGCUUACAAUAACAAUGUAACACUUAAUUGUUUAAAUAAGCUUUUUUUUCACAUUUUCAGCUUGUGGUUUUCACUGAAAGAAAUGUGCCUUGGCUCGAAAAAAAUUGAAAAACAAUGGCUUAAUGGACCCAAAACAGAAACCGAAUCACGUCCACUCGUCCCGCUUCCUGGAGCGUGCCAUAGCUGAGAAUCGGUGAUUGUGGCUCAAGUUACUGUUUGUACAGUGAACACUUCAUCCCCGCCAACAUGCAAAACGGCUCCAGCGGGGAUCUCAUUCGUCUCAGAAGUCGCAUCCGAAACGUUUGAACCUUGGAAGUGCUCCUGAUAAGAUGUCUAACAACUCAAGUGUUUUCUUCGACUGCUUCCAAUCUGGGCCCUUGCGCAUCUUAUUCAUGUGCUUCAAUGUCUUCAACCUGCUCACGCUUCCCCUCUUCCUCAACGUCCUGUACAUCGCGUACCGUCAGAACAGGCGGCGUCGCUCCGCCGCGGCCUUCCCUUCGUCGUCCGGCCCCGCGGUCAGUCAUUCCGACAUGUUCACCUUCCACAUGGCGGCCAUGGACGUGAUCGGAGAGCUGGCCCCCCUGCUGCGUCUUUACGGCCUCUUGGCGAACAAAUACAAAAUCAUCGUUUACGCCUUUUACAUAUUUUACUUCAUGUGGUCCGGCGAGGUGAUGUUUCACUCGUUGACCUGCCUCGAUCGCUAUCUGGCCGCGGUCCAUCCAAUCACCUACAUGGGCCUGAGGCAGGGGUGGGCCCUGAAACUCCGGAGCGUCGUCAUUGCCAGCGUUUGGCUGAUUUCCUCCAUUAGCACAUAUUUAGCAUAUGUGCAGUAUUCUUCCAUCGUGGCAAUCGUCUUCCUGACUCUUAUCUUAAUUGUCAUAGCCUUCUGCAGUCUUUCGGUUCUCUGUGUUCUCAUUCGAAAAGGGCCGGGCUCACAGAGUGCGUACCGGAUGGACCCGAACAAGCGGAGGGCUUUCAAAAGCAUCCUGAUCAUCCUGACGGUGUUGCUGUUGAGAUACACGUGGAGUCUGACGACCGCAGUAUACGGGGCCAUUGUGCCGUUUAAUCACGUUUAUUGUUGGUUUGGGGUGCUGGAACUCAUGAUUUGGGUGCCUGGUGCUUUGGUGUUGCCCGUCCUCUUCCUGUACAAGAGAUGGGCACUGGCGUGCUCUAAACACAGUACUCGGUGA